CCCCAGCGAGUCUCUCAGCGCGGCGUGUCUCACAGCGCAGGGGGCAGCCGGAGCGCCGCAGACUCGGGCGGCUACAUGAGUAUAUUGGGAAUAAAAUACUCCUGCCAGCUGACGCUGGACCCCAACACUGCAAACAGAGAAGUAUCUCUGUCAGGGGGGGACAGGAAGGUGACAGGGGGGGCAGAGCAGCCAUAUCCUGAUCAUCCAGAGAGAUUUGACAGCUGGAGCCAAGUUCUGUGCAGAGAGAGUCUGACUGGUCGCUGUUACUGGGAGGCUGAGUGGAGUGGAGAUGGAGCCUGGAUAGGAGUCACUUAUAAAGGGAUCGGGAGGAAAGGAGAGAGUGACUGUCUGCUUGGAUACAAUGACAAGUCAUGGAUGCUGUGCUGCUCUCCUCACAGACACUCUGUCCGGCGCAAUAAUAAAGAGACUCUUAUACCCAUAGAGCCCUCAGGCUCCCACAGAGUAGGAGUGUAUCUGGACUGGGGGGCUGGUGCUCUGUCCUUCUACAGAGUCUCCUCUGAUGGACUGACCCCCCUGCACAGAUUCACCUCCUCAUUCACUGAGUCCCUCUAUCCAGGGUUUGGGGUUUAUCCAAACCCCCCCGUGUCGCUGUGCAUGCUGGGAUAGCUCACUGUGUGCUGGAGGAAUCAUUUUUACC